AUGUCUCCGCCGCCAAGCUUUAAGUGGACUCCUACGGAGCGGUUGAUCCAUGGCAGGAUCAUCACCAAGUUCUUACCUUUAAAAAGGUUCCCUCAUUUGGGGCUUGAAAAUACCAAUUACUCCAACCUCUAUCCUGGCGAUGAGGUAUACGUUUUUGAAGAAACAGCGGAUGGCCGCUGGUUCAGAGGCUACAUUUGCUGGCAACCUCUGCCCGAGGACUUUAUAAGCCGUCAAAGCUCCUUAUCCGAAAAGCUUCCGGAUCAAAAAUUCAAGGUCGUGGUCUUUCCACAAAAAUUUGUGCAUUUGAACUAUGAUGACCAUGUUACCGAGCAGCCUUUUUUGGCCUCGUCUGACAUCUCCCAAUUCAUCACUUCCGAUACGAACACAAAUCUUCCCACGCUGAACGAACUGACCGCUAGCAGAACCGAAAGGGAAAUUUUGGCCCUCAAUGGGUCUGUAGCAGGGAAAGCUCGUCGUCCGCCCUUUCCGUAUUUUCGUCUUCAAGACUAUGAUGUGGUCGAGGAGUUAGCACCAAUGCUUUCUCAGUUAGUUUCACACAUUUACUCGAUGUACUCCUUUGGUGAAUUCGACGUUGCUGAAAACAUGUCUGACCUCUUUUACAAGCUCGAUGAUAUACGUCUGCGGCUAAAAUAUAACCUGGCAACUAAAGCGGAACAUGUUCAACUUGUGAGAGAUAUGUGCGCUACCUCAUACAAGAUUGCUAAGUACAUUUCUUCGAAAACUCUGAAUGCCGCGAGUCUGAAAGACGAAUUAGCAAAUGUGGUUGACUCCUCUGGCUAUGGUGGCAUUUUGUGUCGGGAUAUGAAUUCUGGAAAGCUUUACAAGACGGGAGAGACCAGUCCUCAACUCGUAGCCACCAUGACAAUGUUAAGCGCGUUGAGCAAUAAUUUUCCCAGCACAAGUGUGUAUCAACUAAAGAUGGUGCCUUUGAAGAAUGUCAGCUAUGACUCUCUCGAAACCACGAAUAUCCUGGUCGAUUUGAAAGAUGCUUUGAGUGAUCCAGCGGUGAAUCCCAAUUUUCAAAACCUCUCGGCUAUUAUGUAUUUGAGAGGUGGGAAAACUGCAUUGACUGAGCCAUUCGUUUUAAACAUGGAGCGUGAUGCAGUUAUUUCGCUUAACAACAUAUCAGGUGCCUUGUUCAACAACAUUCCUCCAGGUGAAAUUGAUAAUAACAAAAUUUAUCUUGUGGUCGUUUUGACAGAAACGAUCGACGUCCAGCUUAUGACACCGGAUUCCAACAAAACAUUCAAGAAGCCUUUUGCUCCAUUCCUAACCGGGACGGAUAAUAAACUAUCACAGAUUAGAAAGGGACUUGCCGCUGGUGUGAUCGACAUUUCUAGGCUUUUAACACGUAAGAAGAAGCAUAAACUUUUAGGAAGCGCACAUCAGUUCAACGUUGAGCUUUUUGGUUCUUAUUUUCCUACCAAAUCCAAAGAUAAAUCGGACUCACAAGCAAUAGUAAAUUCCCCGAUUUCUCCAAAUGCUGCAGCUCUGGCUAGAGCUGCUAAAAGUGAAGAAAAUAAUGGUUGGGGUGAGUUAGUAGAUAGAAUAAUUGGCGACGCCAAUAAGGGUAUUGCCGUCAACCCACGGAUUUUAUCAUUGGCAGUGACCGUAAGGGAAAUUGAGGGAGACAGUGGUCACUCGAAGACGCUGAAAAAUAAUAUGACUGCCAUUCAAAGUAUUCCCACAUGUUCAUAUGACCCCAUGUCAACUCCAGAUGACAGGAUUUAUCUGACUUUGGGCAAAACAUCGCUCUGUGGAUUUGGAAGACUUGAUACUAAUAUCACAAGUGUUGCCAUUUGUAUCUCCUCUAGUAACCCUAAAGUUACUUUCAGGAACGGUGUGAAUGAUGAUCCUCAGAAGCAUUGGAUGUUUGUAUCAGUAAAGCCUGACGAAGUUAUUGGCGAAACGGUCCGCGUUGAUGGCCUUUCGGCAAUGCAGAACGAUGAAACGUUAAGGUUGUCCGCCUAUCUCAACGGGUUUCUGAUGGCGAAAUCAAAAUUUUAUAUCAAGAGGAAUGAGCAAAUUAUCCAGUAUGCCAAAAAAUCUGUAUUCCAACUGAUGUCUACCACAAGCGAACCACUGGUUGAUCUUGAACUGACCACGAAAUACGUGGGUAAAAGUUUUAAUGUAGCUUCUACUGUUCGAAACUUUUUGCAGUGUUCAUACAACUUCGGAAAUCCUUUCCAGUACUUCGAAAAGACUUGCAUCCAACUAUUAACAGAGAUGAAGCCGACCCCUGCGGAUGAACUGGUGAAAUCUUUUGAUUCAAUUCUCACCAAAUUAGUAGAUGUAUUUCAUAUCGCGAAUGUCAAAGAGGCCCAAAGUUCUUCGCUUGCAUUUAUGAAUGCCUCUUUCGCCUCAUUGAUCCAUUUUCUGGAUAUGGUCAUUGCACGUCAAGAAAACUAUAGACACCUCUUCAAUGAUUUUGUGAAUUCUUUUUCGAACAGCAACAGACAGCUUCCACGGGUUGGAGUACAAUUAAUUCAGUGCGCAUCGAGAAUAUUUCAUAACUCACAUGAGGAAUGGGAUCAUAAGGGAAGGACUCUGUGCCGCGUAUCAGUUUACUUGUUCAAACUUGCCGUCCUACUUUCUGAUCCACAUGAUCAAGAUUUGGAAGAUGCAUUGGAUAGCUACUUCGAGGGCGUCUCACAUUUUUUCAGGCUUAAGAAGGAAUCCUCACUUGUUGACCAAGUGUUAAUUUUGGAUGCACUUGACACAUGGGUUUUAGUGUUAGCGUCGCAUUGCGAUCCUGGAAGAUUGAUUGAUGGUUCAAUAGCGCUAUUCACAGCUUGCGCAGAAAAGGAACGGGCGAGCGGAAUGUACCGAAGACCUCUUUCGGUCCGGGAGCAGAAAUUUGUGGCUUCCAAAUUCUUGGUUAUGCGUCGUCUGAUUGGCGUUGACGUCGUCAGGAAGACGCUACUUGAAUUUCAGGACGAUGGAGUCCAUCAGCAAACUUUUGUUGCCAAAUUGAUUGAAUGGUCCUUCGACCCGUUCCUUAAUCAUAGCGGCGACAACUUGCACUUAACCACUAUUAGACUUGCUAACGGAGUCCUUUUGAGUGUCAUUCAACAUGCAUCCCCAACGGUUCAAAGAAAUUUAAUCAGGCUUAUUCCAACAUUAUGCAGGUUUUUCAUCUUAGUCAGAAAGUACUGCAAGGACAAAGACCAUUUCAAAUAUAAAAGAACGUUUACAAAGCUUUUCCCCAUCACUUUCCCCUUUGACGAGAUUACUGUUGACUCCAUCGUUCAGGAAGAAAUGGUAGUGGAGGUGCUUGUGGAACUAGCAACUUUAAUUGCAUCCAUCACCUCGAUGGCUGAGGAUACCUUCAAGAACUCAACAUCCUUCGUACAAAUUGUGGGACUAUGCUCUAAGGAUGCACCUUUCAAUUCUGUUUUCUACACAACGCACUUUGCAAGGGAAGACAUUUUAACUAUGGUGCACACUGUCAAACUCUUAAUGAAGGGGAGAUUUUUCCCCAACAAAAAAUGGUUUUCUAUGACUGAGGUGUUUGUUAGGAGCUCUAUAUGUCUAUUCAGGUUGAGCAAGGACAUUCUUGUAAGGUACACGAUUCCUGCAGUGGGCUCGAAUGACCCCUUAGAUAUCAAAGUGUGGAGUGAAUGGAUGAGAGUGUUGAUUUCGUUGGGCAACCAUAUUCCUUCCAACCCAACAGCACUUGCAGAGCUUCCAAGAAAAGCGCUGCAUUUGAUUUGUGGUGAUUACAGACGCGAAGUUUCUCUCAUAUUGGGUGAAUGCUGGGAUGCUCUUGGUGAGGAUACAUCCGGCUCAGAGGUAUGGGAUAAGUAUGGUAUCAAACGAGCCAAAGGCUACCAAAAUCAUCUCGUUCGCGCGGACAAGACCUUCGUAAGAGAAAUAAUGGAAUUCACUUUACAACGACACACGCUUGCUCGCAGAACGGGCGCCAAAGUCAUUUGGGGUACUUCUGCAAAUUGCUGGUUUGCAUACGGGACGUUGCAACCCGUAAUAUUGCAGACGACUUCUGAACUUUGUUUUGCUCAUCAAUCAAAGAGAUUUAUCCCGACGGCCCAGGAGUCAGAAAAUUACCUGAAAGCACUGGUUUACACAAUUCGUCUAAGACAAGACGAUGAAAUGCUUGAUGCGCUGGUUAAAGUUCUGAAACUUGUCCGUGAUUUGCUAACGGUUUUGACCGAAUACAGUGAGAUACCGGACGACAAAGAGUUUGACGACGACAGAACUGCCCACCAAAUUACUAUUUUUGGCUAUCUAUUGGAUGCUAAAAAGCCAGAAGAAUUGCACAAGCUCAUCAACGAUCUCUAUCUCUAUAACCUACAAAAAAAAGAUUACGUGCAGGCAGCAUUGAGCUUAGAGUUGCUUGCUAGAACCUACAAAUGGGAGCCUAAUGAUAUGCUUGCCUCAGUUACCUUUCCAGCUUUGCCAGAGCAAUCUUCAUUUCAAAGGCGCGAAUAUCUCUAUAAGGAGGCCGCACAGCUUUUCCACAGAGGACUGAAGCUUGAGAAAGCUUUGUCAGUUUACAAGGAGCUGGCUCAAGCAUAUGAAAAGAUUAACUACGACCUAAGAGGGCUGUGCAGUGUCCAUGGUAACAUUUCCAAAUUGUACGGAGAUUUGCAAACGGUUGACCGGUUGAUACCGACCUAUUUUAAAGUUUCUUUUGCUGGAUUUGGAUUUCCAUCAUCCACUAGAAAUAAGACGUUUAUUUACGAGGGUCUUCCUUUCGAACAUAUCACAUCUAUGCAAACUAGGCUGUUAGCCUCUCACCCGGGUUCUCGAAUGGUGGGAUCUCAGCAAGAGGCAGACAAUUUGCUUGUGAACCCCCCAAUUGGCAAGUUCGUACACGUUCUUGCGGUUGAACCUCGGGUAGAGAUUUCGGAUGCAUUCACAAACAACACCAAUAAAGAAAAUGCUAACAAUAAAAUUCGACUCUAUAUUGAGAACAGAGACUUGAACACGUUUUCAACUUAUCGGAUGCUCCCGGGGGGGAAAUCAGCCACUGAGCUCUGGGUGAAAGAAAUCACGUAUAACACUUCUUCGACUUUCCCCACACUGAUGAACAGAGCAGAGGUUACGAGCACGAACAACCGGACUCUUUCGCCGGUUCAAAAUGCCAUAUGGUCCAUGCAGCUGAAAAUACAAGAUCUUACAGGGCUCGAAGUCACGUCAUAUAAACUUUUGAAAGAAAACGGCGAUUAUUCUGCUAUAUUCCCUGAGUUAUCCAGAAACAUUAGUGGUACUAUCGAUUCCCCCGUCAAUGGUGGCGUUUCUCAGUACCGUGAUUUCUUCACUAAAUCGAACAUUGAGGCGUGCAGUGACGAUCAGUUGGAAUUGUUGCGAUCUACAUUUGACGAGCUCGCGACCACAUUGAGCAGAUGUCUGACGUUACACGGCCAACUAUGUCAUGGACAUCUGAAGAAGUCACACGAAAUGUUGUUGAACCUCUUUCACAAAAAUUUCGCGGGCGAGAUCAAGCGCAAUCGCAUUGUGGUGAGCGAAGGCGACUUGGAAUUCAUGAGCCGAGUGACCUCGAGAUCGACGGACACUGCGGCCAGUCAGGGAUUGCCUGACGUAACAGUUGAUAACAUACCAAUCAUGAAACCUCUGAAUUCCAGUGCCCAAUCCAUUACCUCAUCGGAAUCUGGAGCGUCAGAGAGCGUAAGAACGCUUUCAGUAGCGGAAACUGUUUCCCAAAAUGCAUCACAAAGCUCUACACCACUUCCUACUGGAGUUAAGACUACUUCACGAACUUCAGUGCAGUCUUCUAAAUUGAGCUUGAUUCGAAACGGGAUAAACCGCAAGUUUGGCAAGAGUAACAAACCAAAACCUUCGUGA